AUGGCCUGGCCGUGCAUCACCCGCGCCUGCUGCAUCGCCCGCUUCUGGAACCAGCUCGACAAGGCCGACAUCGCCGUGCCCCUCGUCUUCGCCAAGUACUCGGAGGCCACCGAGCAGCAGCCGCCGCCGCGGCCCGUGGAGACGCAGCCGGCCGGCGAGGCGGCCCCCGCGGAGCGGGAGCGGGAGCGGGAGCGGGAGCGGGAGCGGGAGCGCGGGCCCAGCCCGGCGCGGCCCGGCCCCGCGCCCCCUCACUCCUCGCCCCCCGCAGACUCGGUGAUGCGCCACGACUACAAGCCCUGGAAGGUGCAGCGGCCCGAGCCGAGCUGCAAGCCCAAGAGCGAGUACCAGCCCUCGGACACCCCCUUCGAGAAGGAGACCCAGUACCAGAAGGAUUUCCGCGCCUGGCCCAUCCCCAAGCGCGGCGACCACCCCUGGAUCCCCAAGCCGGGUCCUUCGCCCUCGCCGGCCCCCGACGGCGGCUCCCAGGAACGGCGCAGGAAGGCGCAGCCGGGCGCCGAGAGGAGCCAGGCGGAGGGCGAGGCGCUGGAAGAGCCGCCCAAAGGCGGCGAUGGCCGCAGGAAGGUGCAUCUGCCCGAGGAGCAGCCGCCGGCGCCGGCGCCCGACGGCGGCAAAGCCCGGGCGGCGGCCGAUGCUCUCAACAGGCAGAUCAAGCAGGAGGUGGCGGCCGGCGUCAGCUCGUCCUACAGAAAUGAGUUCAGACCUUGGAUAGAUGUCAAGCCUGUGAAACCUAUAAAAGCUAAGGCCCAAUACAAGCCACCAGAGGAGAAAAUGAACCAUGAAACCAGUUACAGUGCUCAGUUCAAGGGGGAAGCCAAUAAGCCUGCUCCAGCUGAUAACAAAUUCCUGGAACGCAGAAGGAUACGCACUCUCUACAGCGAACCCUACAAAGAACCUCCAAAGGUGGAAAAGCCUAGCGUAAAGCCUUCUAAACCAAAAAAGACCACAACAAGCCAUAAACCCCUGAAAAAGGCCAAAGACAAGCAGAUUGCAUCUGGCCGGGCUGCCAAGAAAAAGAGCGCUGAGACCUCCAGCACAGCAAAGCCAGAGGACAAGGAGAAAAGUAAAGAGAUGAACAAUAAACUGGCUGAGGCAAAAGAGAUGCCUUGGAAACAGCUCCCUAAUCAUGACCGUCAGUGUGGAGAUGUGAGCCCAAGCAUAGAAGAAAAGGCUGCUAAUGGAUUGAAGAGAUCUUUAUGCAUUGUCGAUGCCUCCUUCCCUGCAAGGAGCCUGCUGCACAAAGCCAACAGCAAGGACCAGCCACCAGAAAAUGAUGGAUAAGGAAUAGUGAAAGAUCUCAGAGAUGUGUCAGAGCACUGAAAAAUAGUAACAGUUCCUUCAAUGCCAACAAUUCAGUGGUGUGAGAAAUGGAAAGGGGGAAACAUUUCUGGAGAAACACUGCUAUCAUCUGUCCACUUCCAUCCCACUCUGUCCCAAGCCUUGUUGAAACCUGAAG